CGGAGGCCCCGGACGUGACAUCAUGAAAGAUCGGACAAAUGAAUAAUUCUAAAUCCUCAAAACACUGUUGCAGUCGGCGGCAGACACAUGUCGAUCUCAUCUUCCUCGACCCUUCGCUUCCCGACACUCUAAACCCUCCCUCCCUGCAUCUGCUUCUCCUUCUCCCUCCGUUAUCAAAGUCACUGCCUCCCUCUUCUUCUUCCAGGAUUCCCUCCUCUUCAUUUUCUUUCCUCACCUUAAUCUGACCUUCCCAAAGAUUAUAUUCACAGAGGACAUUUCUAAUUCGUUCCCGAAAAAUUAUACAUUUUGUUGCUGCCCCUUCACAUAAUUCUUGAAAUUUGAGGCGAAGGUUGCUUUUGGCUGCUGCGAGUUGUAUAUUUGCCUUGUUUGACAGUUCUUGUUAGUUAACGCUCACACAGGGGAAUUGUGUGUGCGUGAGAGAGAGAUGGGGCACGAGAAUCCAUCGGCGCAGAAGAGGGGCAGUGGAGGUGGAUUGCCCACUUCCACCGUCCCUAAUGGAAGAGGCCGUGGGCUUUCCGGCUUACCGCGUGGCCGGCAGAUCCACAAGACCUUUAACAACAUCAAGAUCACCAUCAUGUGUGGCUUCAUUACCAUCCUGGUCCUUCGCGGCACCGUUGGGAUUAAUUUUGGUGGCUCGGACGCAGAUGCUGUUAACCAGAAUCUCAUCGAGGAGACCAAUCGGAUCCUCGCUGAGAUCAGAUCCGACAGUGAUCCCUCUGAUCCGGACGAACCUGCCGAGACCGAGCUGAAUCCCAAUAUCACAUUCACUCUUGGGCCGAAGAUAUCGAAUUGGGACAAGGAGCGGAAGGCUUGGUUGGAUCAGAACCCCGAGUACCCUAAUUAUAUCAAAGGUAAAGCUCGAAUCCUACUCCUAUCUGGUUCGCCACCAAAGCCUUGUGAUAACCCGAUUGGGGAUCAUUAUUUAUUGAAGUCGAUAAAGAACAAGAUUGACUACUGUAGAUUACACGGGAUUGAAAUCGUGUAUAAUAUGGCUCAUUUGGAUAAGGAACUUGCUGGGUAUUGGGCAAAAUUGCCUAUGAUACGGCGGUUGAUGUUGUCGCAUCCGGAGGUGGAGUGGAUUUGGUGGAUGGAUAGCGAUGCUUUCUUUACCGAUAUGGUUUUUGAGCUUCCAUUGUCCAAGUAUGACAAGUAUAACUUGGUUCUUCAUGGUUACCCUGAUCUGUUAUUCGAGCAAAAGUCUUGGAUUGCUGUGAAUACAGGUAGCUUUCUGUUUCGUAAUUGCCAGUGGUCUUUGGAUUUGCUUGAUGAUUGGGCCCCCAUGGGUCCGAAGGGUCCCAUUCGUGAAGAGGCAGGGAAAAUAUUGACUGCAAAUCUAAAGGGAAGACCUGCAUUUGAGGCAGAUGAUCAAUCAGCCUUGAUAUAUUUGUUGCUUUCAAAGAAGGAUCAAUGGAUGGAUAAGGUGUUUCUCGAGAAUUCUUACUAUUUGCACGGUUACUGGGCUGGUUUGGUCGAUCGAUAUGAAGAGAUGGUUGAGAAGUAUCACCCAGGUUUAGGUGAUGAGAGGUGGCCGUUUGUGACACAUUUUGUGGGUUGCAAGCCUUGUGGAAGCUAUGGAGAUUAUCCAGUUGAGAGGUGCCUCAGUAGCAUGGAGAGAGCUUUCAAUUUUGCAGAUAACCAGGUGCUUAGGCUCUAUGGAUUUAGGCAUCGUGGUCUAUUGAGUCCUAAAAUCAAGAGAGUCAGAAAUGAAACAGCUACUCCUUUGGAGUUUGUGGACCAGUUUGAUAUACGAAGACAUUCUCAAGUUAGUGAAUCCAGAAGCUAGAGGGAAGGAAGACACGUUCAAGGGGAUAUUAUAGGCAAUAAUUUGAAGUGAUUUGGUGAAAGUUCACAUGUAAGUUUAUUUGUGUUAUUGUCUUGCUUCUUUGAGAAAGGCCAGGAUAGAAUUCAUUCCUGCCAUGUCUGAGUGAUUAAUCAGUAAGCAAAUUAUAUUUACUGAUAUCAUGUAUACUGAGAUUCCAUUGUAUUCCCUUCUGGGGCAUGAAUUCAUGAAAUUAUGAUGCUUCCGCUUGAAUUUUUGUUC